AUGACCGACCAAGUCAGCCUGGCCCGCAACUUCGAGCGGGUCCCGAAAUUAAUCGGUAUGGAAAACUUCACGGUAUGGCGUCAACGGAUCGUCUUGGCGCUCUCCAUGUCCGGUGCUACCGGCUUCGUCGACCCCAAGGCGCAACUUCCGGAAGAGGAGGAGGAUAUGGAGGAGUGGGAUGUCACGGACAAGAAACUGGCGGCUGCCAUUUUGACCACCCUGGAUGAGGAGAUCCUCACGGCACACAUCGACUUGCUGGAUUCCACAGGGCCGUUCCGGGCGCGGUCCAUUUACCUCGACCUGGCCAGCAUCUACGGAACGUCGGGGCCACAGUACUCAUUUGCCAAGGGGAGGCAGUUCAUCGACAACAAAUGCGGCGAGGCGGACAACGUCGAAAACUGGGUCAAUCAAGUCCAGUCGCAGUAUCGGGAGCUGAAAGUACUCGAUUUCAACCUCGAUACGCUCCUCAUCAACGUCCUCCUCAACGGGCUACCCUCGCGCUUCGCGGCCUUCGUCGAUUCGGUAUGGACCACCGACAGCCACCUCACCGCCGAGGCCCUGAAGAUCAAAAUUCUUCAGGUCAACUCCGGUCAGCUCAAUCGG